AAAGAGAGAGAGAGAGAGGCUGAGCCAGACCUUCAUGCCACUGCAGGCAGCAGCAGCAGCAGCAAAACUUCUGAAGGUUUACAGAAGACAAUAAGAGAACCACCAAGAAGGCUAUUGCAGUGUUGUCAAGCCCAGAAGUCUGGUACCAGGAUUGCCAUUCCAGCUUCCUCCUUGCUCCUGGUGGCUGGGGCAUAUCCCAGUGCUAUUUGCCUGUUGAAUGUGUAGAGAAUAUCCUCCUGAAGACAGCUGUCUCCUUUGUGUUUGAGCACCUGCCCCUAUAUAAAUACUCAUCAGUUGGAAUUUACUGCUGCCAGUAUGUAUCAUUCUGUGUCUGAAACCAGUCACCCGUUGCAAACAGAGGAACAGGAGAUAGGCAUUGAUCCCUUGCAGAGUUUUUUGAACAAGCCAGGGGAAGGAGGAUCAAAUGAAAACGGGAGCACACCCUCCACCUCAGAUUCAGAUGGAACUUUUAUUUCUUACAGUAAAGAAUGGGAAGAACUAUUUGUAAACAACAAUUACUUGGCAACUAUACGGCUGAAGGGGAUUAAUGGGCAGCUGAGAAGCAGCAGGUUCCGUAGUGUUUGCUGGAAGUUAUUUCUGGAUGUUCUACCACAAGAUAGAAGUCAAUGGAUUAAAACCACUUCAGACUUAAGAACUUCUUACAGUAAGAUCAAAGAAAUUCACAUUACAAACCCUCGGAAAGCAGGACAGCAAGAUCUGAUAAUCAACAACCCACUCUCCCAGGACGAGGGGAGUCUUUGGAAUAAAUUUUUCCAGGAUAAAGAGCUUCGAGCAAUGAUUGAACAAGAUGUGACGAGAACCUUUCCUGAAAUGCAGUAUUUCCAGCAAGAGAAUGUAAGGAAAAUUCUUACAGAUGUUCUGUUCUGCUACGCCAGAGAAAAUGAGCAGUUGCUUUAUAAACAGGGCAUGCAUGAACUUCUAGCUCCCAUUGUCUUUAUCCUACAUUGUGACCACCAGGCUUUUUCACAUGCCAGUGAAGCUGCACAACCAAGUGAGGAAAUGAAAGUUCUUUUGAAUCCUGAAUAUCUGGAACAUGAUGCCUAUGCAAUGUUCACACGUCUUAUGAAAACGGCAGAACAUUGGUUUUCAACUUUUGAACAUGACAGUCAGAAGGAGAAAGAUGUGAUGAUAACACCUAUGCCCUUUGCAAGGCCACAAGACUUGGGGCCAUCUAUUGCUAUUGUAGCAAAAGUAAAUCAAAUUCAGGAUCAUCUGCUGAAGAAACAUGAUAUUGAGCUGUACAUGCAUCUGAACCGACUGGAAAUUGCUCCACAGAUUUAUGGACUGCGAUGGGUAAGGCUCCUGUUUGGACGUGAAUUCCCUCUUCAGGAUCUUCUGGUUGUCUGGGAUGCUCUAUUUGCUGACAGUAUCACCCUGAAUUUAGUUGACUACAUUUUUGUAGCCAUGUUGUUGUAUAUCAGAGAUGCCUUGAUUUCAAGUAAUUAUCAGACCUGUUUGGGACUUCUGAUGCAUUAUCCACCUAUUGGAGACGUUCACUCCCUUAUCCUAAGAGCACUUUUUCUCCGAGAUCCAAAGCGAAAUCCAAGACCAGUGACUCACCAGUUCCAACAAAAUUUAGAUUAUUACAAAGCACGUGGAGCAGACUUGAUGAACAAAACCCGUGCCAGUGCUAAAGCUGCUCCUCUGAACAUUAACAAAGUCUCCAACAGCUUACUGAAUUUUGGCCGAAAGCUCAUUGCUCCGGCCAUGGCUUCGGGCGGGGCAGUGGGCACUCCUGCUGGCGGGAGCAGCUUCCCUCCCUCUUCAAUGCCAAGCAGGAGCUCAGUGGAAGCCUCUCAGCACCAGCAGCACCACCAGCAGCAGCACCACCACCAGUCACAGCAGCAGAGGAUGAUGAAGUCUGAAAGCAUGCCAGUUCAACUGGGCAAAGGCGAGGCGGGCGAGGCGGCGCCGCCGGGGCCGGCCCAGGCCCAGCAGCACAGCCCGGCCCCCGCAGGCCAAACUUCAAAAAACGUCAGUUCAUCUCCAAGCAUAGAGAGCUUGUCUGGAGGACGUGAAUUUACAGGAUCUCCACCUUUGUCUGCAUCAAAAAAGGAUUCCUUUUUCAGCACCAUCUCUCGCUCACGUUCCCAAAGCAAAACUAUGAGCAGAAAAGAGUCGAGGACAUGCUCCACGAUUUUUCCAAGGACUAAGGAGGAGGAAUUAGAGGCCCAGAUUUCAUUCCUACAAGGACAGCUAAAUGAUUUGGAAGCCAUGUGCAAAUAUUGUGCAAAGAUGAUGAACACGCAUCUUGGAAAUAUUCAGGAAGUCAUUCUGCAAGAACGCUUGGAAAAAGAAGAUGAAAUUCUGGUUUCCUUGGCUGGUUUGAAGCAGAUCAAGGAUAUCCUGAAAGGUUCAUUGCGUUUCAACCAGAGCCAGCUGGAAGCUGAAGAAAAUGAGCAAAUCACUAUUGCUGAUGAUCAUUACUGUUCCAAUAAUCAGAACAAGGGGGCAGGUGAUGUCCUAAAGGGACCUGUCAUGACAAAGCAACAGUUCAUCUCAGGACAACAGACUACAACUGAUCCGGGCACUAGUGAGAGCAAGAGUGCUGAUGACUAUAUUAUGGUUUCCAAAGAAGAGGAGAGAAGUAAAAGUGCUGUUCCAGAGCCAGCACAGCCCCUUCAAGCACACAAGGAGGCAGCGGCGAAGCCAGAAGCUCCAUCUCGUUCUUCUUUGAUAUUUUCCGACCCUCUGAUGGGUUCCAUUUCAGCCUCCUCCAGCAACCUGAGCUCCAGCCCUGAUGAUGACAGUAGUAAUAACAGCAAAGAUUCUGACUUUGCUAUUGUAAGCCCGCUGGACAUCUAAAGAAACAGUUUGGGAGAGUUUGGGAAAUCUGUCAUUACAACUCAGCUCUAAUUUGUGUGAUUCCACGGGUUGGAAAAUUCUUUGGAUUACAAGGACAGAAAAUAGAUAAAGGUAGCCCAUUUCAGCUGCCAAAAGCCUAAAUUAAAAUAAAAAGGCAAAGAAACAAAACAAAAGAAAAAGACAUAAAUUUGCUACUUUCAAAAAGUAAUAUAUACAUUUUAAUAACUGCCUUAAAUAAAGACCCAGUAAAACCCAGUUCUAAUAUACAAUUAUUAUUGAUUAUGCUGUUACCCUACUUAGGAGCUUUGUUACUAUAGAACUGUUGCUUUCCCAAAACAUAGAAUAGUAUAUGCUAGGUACCAUAACGGAAAUGUGUGGACACCUGGCAUCAGAUCUGAAGCAGAGAAGAGAGGCUAGAUUUAAUAUUGUCCUUUUACAAAAUAUGCUUGACUGGGUUUUCUGUGUAGAAAAGGGUACUGUUUCUUCAGAGACUGUGAUUAGAGAAGUAGGGAAUGAGUAUCAAAAAGAUUAAAAGCAUCAUCCUGGUAGGAAGUUUGUUUUCCCUUGAGGAAUCCUAGUUUCUUCAUUUUCAUCCUGCAAUAGCCUGAAGGGUGUUCAGGGCAGAGGUUUGUGUAGUUGUUCCUCAGUGCUUACAGGAGACUUAUGUGGCAAACUCCUUGAGAAUGGAGACAUACACAACAUAGCCUUAUUUGCCUUUCUCCGCUUUUUCCCCUUGAGAGUUCCCAGUUCACCUCUUUCCUUCUUUAUCUUUGUCUACUUUUACUUCCCCUGGCAUGAUUUUUUAAAUUUUACUCAGAUUACCGCAGUUAAAAAAUAGGUGCAAGGGAAAUAACAGUAUUUCAUAAUGCAGACCUGAGCUGGUUGAACUAAAGCUAGCCCGAGUAUGAUAACUUACCAGGGAAGGUUGCAAAAGUGAAAUGAAAUGUUCAUAAUUAAAAGCACUUUAUGUCUCAUUGCUAUUAUCUUCUAUAGAUUCUGUUUACAUAUAUUCCUACAUGAUUUCCGUAUUUCUAAUCACAAGAAAUAUAAUGGUGCAGCAGCGUUAACCAACAGAAAGUUUCUAAUUAGCUCUGUUAUUUGUUCUUCUAUGGAAAAGCAUAUUUUUUCCCUUCAAGUUCAUAGUACAUUUAAGAACAGCUUUCUUCAGGUAGAUAAGGAGGGCUUUCUAUACUCUCUGAUCUCUUUAACCUCUGUUGGAAUUCACAAAACAGAACUGGUGGUGUGUAGACUGCUCCUCUUGCAAGACCCAUGCAGAGUUGGCUUGAAGAAGGAAUGUUAGUAUGUCACUCUGUCACAGCAGCAAAAAAAAGCAUUGUUUGCUUUUAAGAUGCAUUUACAUUUUAUACCAUGCAACAACUUCCUAUUUGCAUGGCAAAGCUUGUGUUUGUUCAAAGUUAUGAAAUUGUAGUUAUUUGCUGCUUAGUCUGUAAUUGUAAUGAAGUACCGUAUCCCAAAGAUGAGGUGACAUGUAAUUUGCUGGUCUUAGAUUUUACAAGGUCUGUGUCAGUGACUGAACUGAAGAGUUAAUUGUCAUGUAAUUACAUGGUAGCUGCCAUCCUUACAUGUUCAAAAGCCACCAUGUAGUUCUUCAGAGAUUAUCUGUGCCUUGUAAAAUGUUAAAAUACUAGAAUGUUAUGAGCAGGCAUAGCAUCACACCUCUCUUCAAAAGAGUGAUGCAAGCGGUCAGGCAACUGUUUAGAUGAAAGAUUUUAAAUGUGUAACAUUUUGGAGAGGUGUUUAUUUUGGUUUCAUUUUAAGCUUCAUAAAAGAUCACUUUGGAAUUAAGCAUGCAUGCCUGUCUCCAGUUUAUUUUACUGCCCUGAGUUUGCCUGAAUGCCAGGGGAUUGGGUGGCUGGUUGAUUUAUUGAGGUCUUUCAAGCUUUUCUAGCUUUAAGCUAUACAGCAAUGCUUGUGGCGUCAUCACCAAAGGGUGGCUGUUGAAGAAGUACCUGUGCAAAGAGGAAAGAAAUAUUCUGGGGACAGAGAGAAAUUUUUUAUAUUCUGUGAUACAUAAACCUUCAAAGAUUCCAGUAGCUUGGCAGGAGAAAAUGUUUUUACUUCUUUUUUUUAUUUUUUUAAGCAUCAGUCUUUUGAUUUCUGUUCUAGUGGGUUGUUUCAGGGAUCACAUUGCUAUUUUCUUGAACAGUCUCAUUGCCAAUGGAAGAGUGUGAUUUGUACAGGUUUUUUAUUUUUGUAAAUUAGUUGUAUCUUUAAUGUUGCAUAUUUUAAAACAGCGGUGAAAGUAUAUAAAGAUUUGGGGAGUUUCUAAGAAGAAUCAGUCAAUACCGAUGAGCUGAAUGUGUAUCAUGCCAUGGGAUAUAAUAAAAAUCUCCAAAAGCAGAGAGAUGAUUAUACAAAUAAGAUCAGAGUAACUCCAGUAAAUUAAUGUGGUUUGGUUGUACCAUGUCCUUUCACAUCUCAAGUAUGUUGUCUCUGAUAUUUGAUUAUAGUGCAGAGAUAAUUAAAAGUAUUUUAGUAUAUUCAUGAAGUUAGAAACUUGUAAGUUAGAUAAAACAUCAUCACCCUGUUUUGUGUUAUGUUAAGAACAUACUGAAAGAGAAAUUGUCAUUUAAAAUACAAGAUUAUUCUUUUUCUCUGGAAAUGACCUGCUCAUAAUGUUCAUGGAUAACAAUAAUCAGAUAGAAAAAUUACUAGCAUUUCAAAUUGCUGACAAAAACUGAUGCAGCAUUAAGAUUGCUGAUCUGAGACUGUUUUACUGUAUCUCACAUCUGUAAUUUAUUACUUUAAAGUCUCUUGCAUGUCAUGUCAGUUGUAUGUGCUGCAGAAAGGCAGUAUCAUAUUUUGACUGGGUAUUGAUUUAGUUGUGGAGCUUUGUAUCUUUACUCUGGAAGAACAUUUAGCCCGCUUUAUUAAAGAAAGAAUUAACAAACUUUCUGGGUUGUGCUUGUGCUGUUUUCUCAAAAAAGAGGGAAAGCUUUUUGGCUAGAAUACUGGAAGUAUAAUUUCUGUGAACUAGAAUGAUUAAAACUUUAAAUCUAUAUAAGCACAAAAACUGAUUAUUACUUUAAUCAGAUUUUAUGUAUGGGAUCCAGGGAAUAAAACUGCUUGUCAUUUAUCUCAACUAAACAAUAUAGAAUAUUUCCUGUUUUAUGAAAUUUCUUGUAUCUGAAAAUGAAUCAGUAUUUACCAUGACAUAACUUUUCUGUAAUUUCAUGAAGCUCAGUGCAGUGUCUUCAUUGUGUCUCAACAACAGUGCCAGUAUCUGUACAGUACAUUUCUGAAUCUCUAUACUUAAGUUCACAUUCUUAACUCAUUCCUAUGAUUCUCCAGUAUGUUCUAAUUAAAUGGCAUAGAGGCAACUAUUUUAAAGAUUACAUUUCAGAUUUAAGGUGUACUUGUGCCUGGCAGUUACAACGUCAUCUGUUCAGAUACAUCCUAACAUGAACAGAUUUUCAAAUUCUUGGUGUCAGUCCUUAAAUAAUACUUUUCAAUUUGUGCUGCAUGUGUCGGUCUAGAAUGAAUGAUUCUAAUUAUUUAUUAGACUUGAAAAGGUGCAAUUUCAUAAAAUAAACUUCAUUUGGCUACAGAAUAGUAAUUACACUGUCUUGUAAUCUGUGCUGUUCUUUUGAGAGUGAUUAUAUACAGUCUGUGCAUCAGUGUUUGCCAUGUCCCCCAGUCUGCUAGACUCUGGCUUUAGUAGCUAAAUUUAGAGAUGAAAGAGCAUGAAAAAGAUCAUUAGAGUAACAGCAACUUGAAGCAUGCACACAGGCAACUUGCUUUCCUGCUUAUCAUGACUUAUCUAACCACUGAAAUGGUAAGGGAUGUUUUAGGUAUGUGGGGGAAUCCUGCAAGAGGCAGAGUGCAUAAGCUAGAAACAGACAAUGAGCUGGAAGGGAUGCAGCUUGAGACUCUGAAACUAUGGGUCCUUUAGGGUAGGAACCAUCUUUUUCUCUGAUGUUGUACAACACACACACUGUCAAAAUUAGGAUAACAAUAAUAAUGAUAUACUCAUUAUUUCCCCACAUUUUGCUCUUUCAAACUGCAAGCUAGAUUUAAUCCAGUAACAGUAACUCAGCUGAUAGUAGUAGUGUGGGAGCAGCAGAGUCUGGUCCCACACUGCUGAAAUAAGCACAGAUGAGGAACAGUCGUUUAAAUAAAUUAAUUAAAACCAAAGAAACCUCACACCAGAAACAGGACUAUAGUAUUGCCAAAUAGAAAAAAAAACUGUAUUUCUUUCCAGAUAUCUACAAAUUAAAAGAGGUAUUUUCUAAACUGUGCUUCAGGUAGCAUUUGUGUAACUUGUUUGACUACAACAGGUAGGUUUAUGUAAACCUGUCUUUGUUUUUAACUUGUAAAAGCCUAGCUGAUGCCAGGAUGUGGGAAGUAUUAAAAUAUAUCAGCUGCAGAGGGAUGACAUUGUGGUUCCAUUUUCUGUGAAUGGUUAGAAUUUGAUCCUUCAAAUCCUGCUGAUUUAACACUUUCACUGUCUUCUGUGGUAACAACAUGAAAAACCCUGUAAUCAUUUCCAGAGGCCUGAUGGGAAUUCCACUGCUGAAGUCAUCACAUGCAGUUGCAGAGCUUUGAGCUGAGAAAGUUUUCACAGCUUUGCCUUUGACUGGGAGCUUUGGAAGCUGUAGCAAACCAGGUUUGUCUGCAUUUUUAACUCAUACAAAGACACAUUUGAAGAUAUUACAAAUUAUCAUGUCAGUAUUUGAGACCUUUUGAAAUAUAAAUGCUACACAGUUUUGAGAUGGAAGAAUAGUUGUCAAAAUAUCUUGACUGCCCACCUGCUGUGUUAAUUGAAUUCAGCGGAUGGGGAAUAUAGCAGCAUUCCCAGAGCAUCAUUAAACUGCCCUUUCAAAUAAGAGUAUAUCAAGCAAACAGAUACUAGAAGGCAGAUUGUCAGUGGUGUCGUAUAGCUUUCUGCAUAAUAUAUAUCUCUCUGCAAUAGUCAGGAAAAUCCAUCAUUUCUGUCCACAAAUGGAACGGCUUGCAACAUUCUGGAACACAUGGCAGAAAAUGUAAUUGAACGUGAGCCUGUUCAUAAAAACAUUUUUAAGCUUCAAGGAUUAGAAUACAUCAAAACGAUUUUUAAAAUAUAAAAUAAAUAUGCACAAAUCUUAUUUAGGCUUGGAAAGAUUAUCAGGUCUCCAAAAAGUUUCAUUUAGUUUAGAGAGGUUCAGUGGAACUCCAGCCUCCAGGUAAUAGCACAGGGCGACUGACAGGAGCACCCAUAGGAGGUUGGGACUGCAAUGAACUUCUGGUGCUUUGGACUUGUAACUUUCAAAUUCUGAAGAACAUUAAUUCCAGCAUGUAAGCAAUGAAUUGCACAUGUUUUAUAAGUUGCAAAGAAGUCAUGAUGGGGGAAUUCCACUGCAGACCCUCUUUCCAAACUUCUUUUGUUCUCAUUUCCCUUAGUCAAGCCCAUCUGACAAUUUUGUGGUACCCAUAAAAACUUCAGCUGUUUCAUCUUCUUGAAUAACUGAAUUCUCAGUCACUGUGAUCAAAGUUAGCUGUUAAUCAUCUCAGGACUCUAAUACCCUGUGCCUGCAGCCUGGCCACCAGCCCAGCCAGUGUGCUUCUUGUUCUCGUGUAAAAUCUGAAAUCUUAUGAAAAUCUCACAAUACUUCUACAGCAGGUGGUAUCCAUAUUCAGUCCUCAUGACUUCCCUGUGGUAAACUUUAUUGUAAGUUUUAUUGCCUAAUAUUUUCUCUAGCCAUACUUCUGUUCUAGUUCUUACAAUCAAGAGAAAAAUAGAAGAAAAUCUUGGCUUUGCUCAGAAAUACUUGUUUUUUUCUUUUCUGCCUUUACUGUUAAAAUCUCUUUGCUGAGAAUUUUUGGUUCUGUUUCUUGUAAAACAGCCUAUGUGUAUUUAUACUGCUUGUGGGGUAAAGUUCUGAUAUAUGUUCCAUUUAAAAAUGCUGAAACAAAAUACUGAUUUUUCCAAACUUUUUCUCAUAAUAAAUGGGGCUUGAGUUAAGCAUAAACUUUAAAAAAUACUA